UUUUAAAUUUAAAAAACAACUGAGAAAUGAACUGACGGUUGCAAAAUCGGCGGGGCGGGCUCGUUGCUUCGAAAUUCUGAAAAUUCGGGCCGAAAACGUUUUGAAACCUUUGUGUUUUCAGUUUGGAAGUUCGACGUAAGAAUAAUUCUUAUGAAUUUUGACCAAAUCUGCCGCUGAGUACAUAAUUCACGAUGAACAUCUUCAACACGAUCAAGCGACGAGUGAGCGAAGUGUGGCGCGAUUCAACCUCCGAAGUAGUUGACCUGACAUCGGACUCGGCCAACAGCAGCGUGGUCUCGGCUUCGGACGAUGAUCGCGUUAGUGCCACCAGCAAAGGCAGACAGUUUGUGCCUGAGACUGAUUCUUGUCCCGAUUCGUCAGUCGGUGACCUUGAUGAUAGCUUCGGCCCUGGGCAGGUGCAAAAGCGUUGGCCUAAUCGAAUCAUUGACUCUGACGAAGAUGACGAUGACAUCGGUCGUCGCUCAACUUCCAAACCUUUGAGUCCUCCUGUGCUACCAAAGAUGAUUAGUCCACCUGUUGUGGCAACUCAUCCUCUUCAGAAGUCGGUUAGUCCGCCGGCUCUCAAGGUUUCAAACAGCAGCAACAUCUACCAGGCCAGUCAGGGAGCUGUAAAGAAGCAGCCACUUGCUGCGGCUGUUCGCACCAGCCCAGAAUACAAAUAUCUCUCUGAGCCUGUCAAGCCCCAGAAGAGCCUUUCUCCUCCUGCUCAGUUAAACACAAACACCUACAGUAAAAGAGAGGAGGACAAAGCUGCCAAAAGAGCUGACCUGAUCCAGAAAAUCUUGGCUAAGAAGGAAAUUCUAAAGAAGCUUGAGAAAUUCAGUACAAAUGAAGAGCUGUUGAGCAAAUUGCCAGAUAAAGGCGUGAAAAUUGGCCAUCAAAUAAACAUGGCACGACUCGAGCUGAGAGGUUUUUACAAGACAUUGAAGGAAAUGGGUGAAAUCCCGAAACUACCAGAGCAAGCUGUGAAGGUGGAGCCUAAAACUGAGAGACAGGCUUCCUUCUCCAACAUGACCCCCUAUGAAAACCUGCCAGUCAAGAAUCAGUACCAACGUCCUGGUGAUUACGCUGUUGCCGAGGCUCUAACUGGUGACGCCCUUAUCCAGCUGCACUCGACCUUGAGGGACUUGCCAGAGAAUGCCUCUGACGAUGGCCCUCGAGGCUUGGAGGUAGAGUUACUGCCUCAUCAGAAGAAGGGCCUGGCAUGGUGUUUGUGGAGAGAAGAAAAACAUCCUCGAGGAGGCAUUUUGGCUGAUGAUAUGGGUCUGGGCAAAACUCUGAGCAUGAUUGCUCUCAUUCUGCGCAGCAAAGAGCUCCGAAGGGACAAUGAGGAGAACAUUGUUGCCAGUCCUGGAGGUUUGAAAAAGGGCAAGACUUUGGUGGUUUGUCCAGCCAGUGUUUUGAAGCAAUGGGAGUCUGAGAUUGUCAAAAGGUGCGAGCCAAGGGCUCUGGUGCCUUUCGUCUACCAUGGUACCUCUCGAGGAAUUUCUUUGAACCGGCUGUGCCGCGCUGACGUUGUCAUCACAUCUUACGCUAUAGUUGGCCGUGAAGGCAAAGUUACCAUGGACUACCUCCCAGGCCAAGAACCAAGACCUUCAGGAACCUUAUUCCAAGUUAAGUGGGAGCGAGUUAUUCUAGACGAAGCCCACACUAUUCGCAACCCCAAGACACAACUUGCCCAAGGCGCUUACCAGCUUCAGUCCAAGUACCGCUGGUGCCUGACUGGCACCCCCCUGCACAACAAACUUAAGGAUAUUUACAGCCUCUUCAACUUCCUCAAGUUCACCCCUUUCACAAAUGAGAUGGUUUGGCGCCGAGUGGCCGAAAACAAGACCUCUGCCGGACUGGAGAGGUUGAAUACUGUGAUGAAAACGGUGAUGUUGCGUAGGACCAAAGUUGAGCUGCUUGAGGCAGGACAGCUUGAUUGUCUGCCAAGCAAGGGAAUGACUGAGGUGCCACUGGUGCUGAACCCCGAAGAGGACAAAAUCUACCAGUACAUGCUGAAGAAGUCAAAGACCCUUAUGGCCAAGUUCAUCCUACAGAGGGCUGAAAGAAUGGUGGAGACUGGUGAGGACGUGUAUGCUGUCCGUAAGGCCAUGGAGCAGUUGGAGAAAGAUGGUUUUGACGUCAAGAAAGGAAUGCACAAGGGCGGUGGCAAUGUCAAGUCCUCACAUAUUCUUGUUCUGCUGCUCAGACUAAGACAGAUUUGUUGCCACACCUCUCUUGUCAGAGAUAAACUUGACACGGAAAUCAUGGAAGCGGAAGACAUUGACAUCAAAGACAAGAGCAUCGAUGACUUGGUCGAAGAAAUCAAUAAUAUGUCCAUCAUGGAGCCAGAGGAGAAGAAGUUGGACGAGAGCUUUUUGGACUAUGAAACUCCCAUGUACCAGGAAGACUUCCAGAGCAGCAAGAUUGCAGCUACAGUGAAACUUGUCCAAGAGAUUAAGGAGAGGAAGGAAAAGGUGGUGAUUGUUUCUCAGUGGAAAAGUUUCCUGAGCCUGGUCAAGGAUCACCUUAGACGGUCCGGUAUCAGGUCCACCCUCUUCACAGGUGACCUCAACACAGUCAAGAGACAAGAAAUCAUCACAGAGUUCAACGAGGAUGAUGGAAGAAUCAAGGUCCUUCUCCUGUCUCUGACUGCUGGAGGCACAGGUGUUAAUCUGAUUGGAGGCAACAACCUGGUGCUGAUCGACAUUCACUGGAACCCUCAGCUGGAGGCGCAGGCCAUGGACAGAAUUUACAGAGUGGGCCAGAGGAAGGAUGUUAACAUUUACAAGCUCAUCUGCCAGCAGUCCAUCGAGUCCUCCAUUCAAAUCAUGCAAGAAAAGAAGCUGGAACUGGCUGAUGGUGUGCUGAACAAGAAAAGGGCCACAAAGCUGGACAUCGAGGACCUCAGACAACUCUUCAUGCACGCCUAAAUGCACUGACUUCAUGUUACUUUAAAAUUAAAUCACAAAUUCGUGCCAGUUAGCCCUAGAAAAUUUCAAAAAUAUCAUUUUAAUGGAUACAUGUCUAAGAAUGCUGGGAAAAUCAUGUUGAACCAAUACUUUUAUUUUGUAAUUUUUGCUUACUUAAAAAAUACAAGAAAAAUUAAAAAAUAUUUUUAAAUACA